GUCCCAACCGUAGAAAAACAAACCCCCGGAUAACAACAAAAAUAACAUUUUACGCCAAAGUGCGCCCGAGGAUAUCUUUUCCCGUAUCGAAAUGUGCUCUGGUGACCGAUUCUGUCUGUUUUUCACCGCUCUCCGUGGCCUUUCGGGCGAUGUUGUUUAUCUGUAGUAAAGGGGGACUUGAAACCGGCCUCCCUUGCCCCAUUUCCUCGGUUGUUUUCCUUCUCUCGCCUGGAUUCUCCAUGUUGUUGGUGCAAAAGUGAGGACUUCGCAGCGACGGGAGAGGGGGGCUGCUCGGCGAUAUUACCCGUAAUAGUAGUGGUAAACCCGAGACGACGGAGCUGACAGAGUCUCAAAUAGCCUCCAAAAAACAUAACCAAGUGCCUUGCCCCCUCCCCAGGCGGACCUCCGAGAGAAGAACAAGAAGCGGAGGGAAUAAAGAAACACAGGAACAAGAUAAAUCCUACUCUCAUCGAGGAUUGUAACUGAGGCGCGGCUACGGAUGACAAGUUCCCUCGGUGAAUUAUUGAGUCAACUUAUCAAUAAAACCCAAUGAGGGAUGCCCAUCAGUGCUCGGGGACAGGAUUUGAGGAUUUUGAGGGCUCCGUGAUUGUCAGAUGGAAAGUUCUGUUAUCACCCAAGUGCAGAAAGAAGACGUUCAAGUGUCACCGAAAACAGGCCAGGUGAGCCGGUCUGCCCUGAAACAGCCUCGGAGUUGUAACAUCUUCAAAGCGCUCUUCUGUUGCCUCCAAGCUCAGGAUGGCCCCAAACCACCACCAUCACCACCACCACCUUCCCAGCAGGCCUUGCUGGAAUCACAGGAAAAUGGGACGGUUGUCAAGCAGUCUGAACUCAGUCUCCUGCCAGAGGUGAAUGCCCAGGACCAAGGGAAGAUUUGUGUGGUUAUAGACCUGGAUGAGACCCUGGUGCACAGCUCAUUCAAGCCUAUUAGUAAUGCAGACUUCAUCGUGCCUGUGGAGAUAGAGGGGACCACACACCAGGUGUAUGUGCUGAAGAGACCCUAUGUGGAUGAGUUCCUGCAGAGAAUGGGGGAGUUGUUUGAAUGUGUGCUGUUUACAGCUAGUCUCGCCAAGUAUGCAGACCCAGUCACGGACCUGCUGGAUCAGUGUGGUGUUUUUCGGGCCCGGUUGUUCCGGGAGUCUUGCGUUUUCCACCAGGGCUGCUAUGUCAAAGAUUUGAGCCGCCUGGGCCGAGACCUUCACAAAACUCUGAUCCUGGAUAACUCUCCUGCCUCCUAUAUCUUUCACCCUAAAAAUGCUGUUCCUGUGGUGUCAUGGUUUGAUGACGUGGAUGAUGCCGAGCUGCUCAACCUUCUGCCUGUGUUUGAAGAACUUAGUCAAGCUGACAAUGUUUACACCCGUCUGGACCAGCUCCGUGGACAUUAGCUCUUAAAGGACCUCCAUCUAGAGCUGCAGCUUGAAACCUCUUAAACUGCAACAGUACCAUACAUCAAGAUCAGAUAUAAGGGCUGUUUUUUCCAAGCAUUGCUCUCUUUAGCCUGUGCACAAACUUUUCUAUUUAGAAAAAUGUAUUAGCAUGAGGUUGAGGAAAUUCCAAGCUUGGAAAACACAAUGUCUUUGGUUAAACACAAAGUCUAGAUUGCAAUCUUGGGCCUUUCCUCUGAACCUAAGUGCUGACAAUAUCGACAACCACUAUUUGAAAGCACUACGAGGAACAGUGGGAAAUGUCAACCAAAGCAGUCCCAAACACAAUCAGUCCAGUUAGCAUGAAUAUUAAAGUGGUUCUUUUGCCAAAGCAGAAGCCUUCCUGCCCUGACUUGACUUUUGGACAUUGUUUUUUUUUUUUUUUUAAUUAUUGUGCCUUUUAGGAACAACAAAAAACAUCAGCUCUUUUUUUAAAUUUCCACCAGAUUUUAUACAUUUUUUAAUUUCUUUUUAUAGGUUAUUUUAUAAGGAAAUCUAUUUUUAAACAGCGAACAUGGUUCUUCUAUGCAACCCAGUUCUGUAAUUACAUGGACAGUACCUCGUAAGUCAGUAACUGCAUUUAGCAGAUAUAAACAUUAGCCUUAUUUACCUGUAAAUGAGCAACAAAAAGUGUAUUUAACUCAUCUGUGCUGUACGAUACACAUAAUUUCUACAGAUUUUGCAGAAAUACAGUACUAUUAUUAUUGGUCAGAUGACUAUUUGAUGUAUUCCAAAGUUAAGUAUACGGGGAAAAUCUUUUCUUUUAUGGUCCGUUGAAAGCAGACACACUGGAAUAUGUUGGCACAUAGGAAGUCCAUGAACGCCACAGUUUUCAGUCAAGGUUUAACAAUAGCUCAUUUGUAACUAUGUUUUUCUUUUAUUACUACGUGACAAACAACUUGCACUUGUUUUGUAUUGACAGUGCUAAAAUUAAAAACUGUGCCUUUGAAAUUCGGACAGAGAAUGGUGUUCUGCCUGAACAGAGAUUUGUAGGCCUACACAUACUGAUGUGUCAUGCUGAGCGUGAGAAAACACUGUCAAGAGCAAGUGUAAUGCCAUGUGGAUGUGGUACUUGCAGUGCAACACUUGAAAAUAUCAAAUUUGAUUUUUUAACAUGUGUGAGUGUUUUUUCUAUAUUUAUUGGCCAAAUCUUGUAUUGUCCAGUACUUCUUAAUGCAUAACAUUUUGUAUUGUAAUCAGUUUGCCUACUUUUGAGGCUGGCCUUGUGUAACUAGCUGUUUUAUCUGUGCCUAAAGACACACAUUUUGCUGUCAAAGUUCAUGUAAAACUGAAGAACCAUAAGGAUUUCAUAAGGACUUCAUAACCAAUCAAGAAACAGUUGCAGAUUCAGUCAUGCAUGGAAAUGGUUUUUUCAUGAUAAAUUCAUUACAGACAUUAGACUUGGGUAAUAUGGUUUUUCUAUGAUGUUUUAAUGUUUGAUGCAAUUCUUGCCUGCAUGUUAACUAGUCAAAUAUGACAAUGAAAAUGUACCAGUUGUGAUGACCAAAAGUAUUUGUUGAGGCAGUCACAAUUUGUCUUUGUGUAUCCAAAUGAAUCAAACUCAUUUUGUCUACAUGAUCUGACCAAAUCUCUUAACGGCAAAGGUGCUACCAGUUUUUAUGUGAAAAUAAAAAUUGGUUAUAUUUUA